AUGCUCGGCCGCGAUCAAGGUCGAAAGUGUUUUCCCUCCUCUCGCGUCCCCGCGCUACCGUCCACUCCCCGCAGCCUCGUUCUCGCCCUCGCCCUCGCCCUCGCCCUCGCUCUCCUCCUCCGCUUUCACUCAUCGUUGUAUUCAACCUACUGGGCACUCGCACGACGAGCUGCACCCUUCGCGUUUGGUGGUCGACGGCCGGCAAGCGCGAGACGUGCGAGCAUCACCCUGGCGUCGCCAGGCCCAUUUUCCGUCGACAUUCAUGACGGCAAAAUGCGCAUUUCGACGUCAAUCGCGCCGAGGCCCGCGCGGGAAUUCCUCGCCGAGCACUGCGACAUGACCGACGUCGGGAGGGGGGCACGGGCGGCGCGACGGCGCGAAGCGCCGUCACAAACGCUCAGGCUCAUUCACAUGGUAUUCUGCGCGCGCUUUCAGAUGCAAAACUUUUGCAUUUUGACGCGAAAUGCGCCGCGGGCCGCGCGGGAGUCUCUAGCAGAACGCCGCGAGCUCAGCAACGCGAGGGAGGGGGCACGAACUCGGCGGCGGCGGCGGCGCGGAGCGCCGCCUUCUCUCCGCGCCGCCUUCUUCGCGUCGUGCAAGGCCCUGAGGUGCGUUUCGUGUCCCUCGCUACCUCCAUUUCCUGACGAUUUGGAAGCGGUUUUAGGCGCGCCUCCAGACGCAAAAUUGGCGCAUUCUGACGUCAAAUGCGCUGAGGUCCGCGCGGGAAUCCCUAGCGGACCGUUGCGAGUGGCUCAGCGUGGGGGAGGGGGCGGAGGAGGGGCGGCGCGAGUCUCACGGAGUUCGAGGUUUUCUGCGCCCUUCAGAACGCAAGAACGUCGCGCCUCGCCGUCAAAAACGCCGAGCUUCGCGCGGGGCCCCCUGGCGAAGCGAUGCGGUCUUGACUGGGAGGAGGAGGGGCGGCACGCGCGCGAGCGCCGCCCUUCACCCUUCUCACUUCCGGCAUUCUGGCUGGGCGUUAUGGACGACUUGUCGCCCGGCGCGCACGGACCGCCCUCGCACCUUUAG